CACCGCGGAUGCCCAAGCCCCCAGUCCACUCUCGCAGGCUCGCAGCCCCGUGCUCCUCUCUCCUGCCCCGGCGACGCGGGCGCGAUCCCCGAAAGCACCGCGAGUUGCCACACCCGGCACGAGACGAGGCCACUCGCCAGUAGCCAGACUCCCCCACCCACUCCCUUUGCUCCCCUCCUUCCCGUGAAAUCCUGCAGGGCUCCUACCGGAAAGGCGAAAUUUCCGAACCAUAUACCGCAGCCAUAAUAAUCACUGGCAAUCGCGCACACACACCCACGCCCAGAUGCCGUAGCGCAGGGGAUUCACCAUAUUUUUCCGCACCUCGGUGCCAGUGCCACUCUCGUACGGCCGUGCCGCAAUGCCAACGCCAGACCGUGCCGCCGCCGGCGGCGGCGGCGGCCACCCUCGCGGACACGCGCACCUCACCAACUGCAUCCACCUGCGCCACCACCACGCGCACGGGGUGGGUGGGGGCGCGCCGUUGUCGUCGGGGCGGAGGCGGAGCCCCACGUCCGUGUCGUCGGCGGCGCUGAUGCGCGACCUCCUCGCGCUCCAGCGCUCGCGAUCGCUCCGCGACCCGUCCACGCGCCGCUCCGUCGAGUCCGCCAAGGUGGCAGCCGACCCCGACCCCGCCACCGACGAGGACGACGCCGGUCUCCCCGCCAAGUCCCGGCACGGCGCCGCCACGGCCAAAGGGGCGCUCAAAACGCUCCUCGACCAGCUCGCUGAGAAUCCCCACCCCAAGUCAGCCAGGCGCCCCCGCCGCCGUUUCAAACGCGGGACCGCCCGCCGAGCCGGCACCACCAGUAAGGCUCCAGAUCGCGCCGCUGCCGCUGCCGCGCUCUCCGCCAAUUCCAGCUCCCAGGAGGCUGUCUGCGGCAACAAGUACCUCUUCCGCGACGGCGAGGAGCUGCAGCGGCAUGUGUCGCAGGAGGACUCGCGCAACGUCUGCGGCAUUCCGUGGAACUGGUCACGCCUUCACCACCGUGGCAAGUCUAUCCUCGACUUGGCCGGCCGCAGUCUCUCGUGCGGCCUCUCCGACCCCAAGUCAGCCGCGGGCCGCGAAUCUGAAGCAGCAGCCGCCACCGCCUCGCGCGAGCACCUCAGCGGUGCGCAUUCUUCUCUUUUCCCAGUUAAGUCCGAGAGACUGCCUUCCUCGACUAGCUCGGACUCCCACGCUUUACCUCUGCUCGUUGAGGCGGCCACCUCCUGUGCACGCAAUGGCAUUGGCGGCAUGGCUGGGAGCUACUCUGGGGAGCUUGGGAUAUUCUCCAACCAGAGCAGUGAGAUGGACUUCGACUUCUUGUCAGAGGCGCGGUCUGGGCAGAAUUCAUGGGGCUCUUGGCGAAGCCGCAGCGGGCGGCACCGGAGCCUGACGCAGAAGUUCGCACCGAGGACAUUCAAGGAAGUGGUAGGGCAGGGCUUGGUGGUGCAAGCCCUAUCCAAUGCCGUCUUAAGGAGGAAGAUUGGGUUGGUAUAUGUCUUCUAUGGGCCGCACGGUACAGGAAAGACAUCGUGCGCGCGCGUCUUCGCCAAGGCGCUCAACUGCCACUCCGCCGAGCAUCCGCGGCCCUGCAACUCGUGCACCUCCUGCAUCGCACACAAUGUUGGCAAGAGCAGGAGCUUGAUGGAGAUUGGGCCUGUAGGCAACAUUGACAUGGAUGGAAUUGUGGAUGUCCUUGACAAUGUCAUGCUUUCACCAGCACCAUCACACUAUAGGGUAUUCAUAUUUGAUGACUGUGAUACAUUGCCUGCCGAUACAUGGAGCAUAAUCUCGAAAGUCAUUGACCGGUCACCCCGCCGCGUUGUGUUUAUCCUCGUCAGUCCCAACCUCGACCUUCCUCAUAUCAUCCUGUCAAGAUGUCAGAAGUUCUUCUUCCCGAAGUUGAAGGAGUGUGAUAUUGUCAACACAUUGCGGUGGAUUUCCACCAGCGAGAGUCUAGAUGUUGAUAAGGAUGCAUUGAGGUUAAUUGCAUCCCGUUCGGAUGGAUCAUUAAGAGACGCUGAGAUGACUCUUGAUCAGCUGAGUUUGCUGGGGCAGAGGAUUUCUCUGUCUCUUGUCCAACAACUUGUUGGUUUGGUAUCUGAUGACAAGCUGGUUGAUUUGCUUGAUUUGGCACUAUCUGCUGACACUGUGAACACAGUGAAGACAUUACGAGACAUUACAGAAGCCGGGGUUGAGCCUUUGGCCCUGAUGUCUCAACUUGCCACAAUAAUUACUGACAUCCUUGCUGGUUCCUACACAUUCGCAAGAGAAAGACUUCGCAGGAAAUUCUUCAAACGUCCAACAUUGUCAAAAGACGAUAUGGAAAAACUACGCCUGGCCUUAAAAACACUAUCGGAAGCUGAAAAGCAGUUGAGGGUCUCUAAUGACAAGGCAACAUGGCUUACGGCUGCUCUGCUUCAGCUUGCUCCUGAUAAACAGUAUACGCUGCCAAGUUCAUCAACAAGUACGAGUUUCAACCACGGUGUAUUGGCUGGUUCCUUUCCUCAUAAGGAUGUAGCAAGGCACUCAGCUAUUGAGCACAAUGGUAACGUGGCAAGUACUUCUUAUGGGGAAAGGAGACCCAUCGAACGCACACCAAAUUGCCAUCGAUUGUUAGCCAGUGUUGCCAAAGCAAAUGGGCGAUCCAAACAUAACAAAACUGAAAAUGAAAUGAUCUGGCAAGCUGUGCUUGAGAGUAUUCAGUCAGAUAUACUGAGAAAAAUGAUGGCCAAGGAGGGAAAGCUAAGAUCCGUCAGCCUAGGCACUGCACCAACGGUGCAGGUAAUAUUCAGCUCGCGUGUAAAUAAGUCAAAAGCUGAAAACUUCAGAGGACAAAUUAUGCAGGCAUUUGAGUCUGUUCUUCAUUCUGCUAUAAUACUUGAAAUCCGAUAUGAGUCAAAAAUUGAUGCGAGAGCAGGUCAUGAUCCAUCUAUGUUUGCUUACCCGGAGAAUGACUCCAACAUGACAUUAAGGAGAUCCUUCACUAAGCAUAGUCCGCUUUCUUCCGGAGGUGAAAGUCUCAUCAGGAGGCUGAAAAAAGACACUGUUAUGAAGGGAGCUAGCUCUACUAAGACCAGAUGGAUGCAAUCUGAUCCCCAUAUAUUGACAGAAGGAGAGAUCAUUGAAGUUGGACCUUCUCACAUGCAUCGUCAUGCUGAUGCAGAUAAUGGUGUUCUUGACAAUGAAAGAAGAAAGGAUAAUGCAUGGGAAGAAUCUUUAACAUCACCAAACACCGAGAGCAUAAUUAAUCAAGGAAGAAGAAAUGGAAAUAAACAGCGUCGACAGAACAGCAUAGUAAAAAGAAAGGUUUCACUUGCUCAUGUUAUUGGUAGGGCAGAGGCUUGUUCUCAACGAGGCUGGUCUAGACGAAAAGCUAUGUCAAUUGCAGAAAAACUGGAACAAGAGAAUUUGAGAUUGGAGCCUAGAUCAAGGAGUAUACUUUGUUGGAGAACUUCAAAGACUCGAAAGAAGAUCUCGUCUUUUAGGGUCAGGACGGGAAGGUCACGAGCCGUAUCACGCCUUAUCUUGUGUGGAAGAUGCAUUUCCACAAAAUCUCCAAGAUAAAAGAACACUAGAAGUUGUAGAUGUUAAAAACGUUCAAUCUAGCCGUAGCUAUGUCUAUUUUUAGGUUACUCUAAUCUGUAUAUUUCUUGCUAUGUAAAAGAAUGAUAGAAAUGGCAUAGCAAAUUUAUUCUGUCAAGAAGCUUUGUAAUUCUUUUUUAAAGACAUCAAAGGCUGUACUGGAAGCUUCGCUAAUAAAUCGUUCUUUAUCCGCAUAUAA